GGCUUUUGACACAAGGACAAGAUGCAGCCCGAGGUUGGGGGACAUCGGGGGGCGGGGGCUAAGAAAGGGGAGAAGAGCACCUACGUCUUCCCCAUGGGAAAUGACGCUCCUGGCCAACCCACGGGGACCCAGCCUCCCUCCCCGUGGCUGCACAAGAAAGCAUGGGGACAUGGAGACCCAGGCAGGAUCUGGCCCUCGAUCCGAGCUGAGCUGAAGCAGGCUGCCCGCCUUGUCUGGGGGAAGAGAGAAGCGACGCCCAGGGGGGCGUAAAGGUCAGGCAAGAGGAGGCCCGGCUCCCCCCAGCAGGCCAUCCCUUCCCAUCACCUGGGGGGGUGUUGCCAGGGAGACGCCAGGGCUGGAAUUCCGAGGAGGGGGACGCUGCCUGGCGAUGGACAGAGCAAAUGUGGCCUCGGUGGUGGCCAAAGACUUCCGGGAACCAGCAGGGCAGAGGAGAGCUGUAACGAGGCCCCCGGCUGGCCCUGGGGGAAAGGGUCAGCCGGAUCAUCUCCCCCCAUCUGGGAGUGGCCAGGAGGCUCUCCCACCAACCAACUCAGCCCUGUUCCUCCCCCAGGAAUGGAACAUUCUGUACGGAGCUCUACCUGUGAGCUCCGCCUCUCUGCACAUGUACAGUGUGCGCACACACACAGCAUGCCAGCAAGAGGGCCGGGGUGGAGGUGGUGUGGAUGGCUGCCGGCCAGGGAACCAAGUGGAAGCUGGAGCCAGCAAAGAGAGGCCUCCCAGCUCGGUCCCCAGCAGCAGCCCAUCCUCCCUGGAGCAAAGUCCAGGGCCUGCCCGCACCUCCCUGCAGCCUGCCUGCCACUGGCAGCCAAGAGCCCUGGUCCCCUUCCAAGCUUGGUCACAGAAGCUGUGCCAGUUCCUCCACGGGGCACCCCAAGCCUUGGUGACGGAGCACAGCAGGGACUCAGGCACAGAGCCAAGACACCCAAAGUUCGGGAAGAGACCUUUGCUCUCCUGCCUCCUGGUGCUGAGCAGGCCUGCGCUCCACGAAGGCUUCCCCAGAGGUCGCUGCGCAGAGACCGUGGCCUGGUCCCUGACCCCACCACCCACUGCACUGGCCCGUUCCGGGAGGGGGUAUUUAACAGAAGUUCCCAAAUCCCAGCCAUCUGAUUCUGCUGUGUUAAACUCCUCCACGGAUGGGCCCAGGAAGGCUUUGAAGUCUCCAAAGGUCUGGGACCCCUGAGGGCCUCUCUCCCAGCGCUACCAACCAGAUGCCCCAGUGCACUCAGGGGUGGUCCAGGGGUGGUGGGACUGCCGGGAUGCUCCCCUGAAUUAGAAGCACAUCUGGAGCGCCCAGGAUGGGGAAAUCAGACUGGCGCUCUAGAGGCAGCUGGAAUGGGUUUGCUCCAGCCAAACGCUGAGGCCAGCUGGGCAUCUGAACAAGCUCUCCUGGCAAGGAACUGCUGGGAGUGAGGUCCAGGAAAGCCCGGAGCGGUGGGAGCUGGGAAGGCAUAUCAGUAGCACAACAGCCCCGCUCUGCCACCCUGGAUAAACUCCAGCCACACUGCAGCCACACGGUACCCAGUGGGAGGCUCCCGGCAGCAGCAGGCAGUUCCUCAGGGCCCCCCCAAGGGCCACAGUCUGGGAACGAUGCAGCAGACAAGCCAGACCCUUGCAGCAGAGUCCGCAAAGGAGGAACAUGCUGACUCCAGCGCCAGCUCUAGGUGCAGGGAGUUUCACUGGGCACGCCAGACUGCCAGGCCCUCCCUGGCGGCAACCUACCAUCGGCUGCCCCCCGACUCCCGACUCACUUUUGCCGUGCAGCUCCA